AUGCUUGCAUUAUGCAUUUGCUCUGCCGUUGUGGCUGGAAUAUUGUCUCUCUUUGCGAUGGUGGCAAAUGGUGUUUUGAUAUACGUUAUAUACAAGGACCCUCUUAACUGUUUUCGCAAGCCGAUGACGGUUUUAAUCGCUGCAUUGGCAAUCAACGACUUUUUAACUGGAUCAGUUAUCGGCACCUUGCAUGUUCUGAGCGAGAUCUCAUGCGAGACUGGUGUACAAAGCCUGUCUGCCAAAGGCACCUUUGAGACUGUUAUUGGGCUGUUCGCGUUGAACAACACUACGUUUCUGGUCAUGGGAUUAUCAGGGGAGCGUCUUAUCGCCGUAGCGUACCCGUUCCAUUACCGUGCUAGAGCAAGCGGUCGUAAAACUCUAGCGUGCGUGGUAUGCAUUGUGUUAUACUCCUUCUUGUUUUGCCUCCUGCAGCUUAUAAACGAUAUUUCAAUGGGAAUUUAUUAUGCGCUGCAGCUUCAUCUCAAUAUGACCGUUCCUCUUGUUACUGUACUGAUUGCAAACUUCGUUCUCCUGCGAGUUUUGCGAGGCUACAGAUCUAGACGACGUGCAUGCUCAAUGAGUUCGGAUGGAAGUGACAGUUAUUUUUCCACCAAAGAGAAAAUGUUUGAAAUUGAAAAACAGUUCGCAUCUACGGCUAUUCUUAUAGUUAUCUUUCUCGUUAUAUCGCACGCGCUAUAUUACUUAAUGACUCUAAUUGAAGUCCACUGUUCUGAUUGUAUUGGUGGAGACUGGUUCGUCUUUUGUCAACGGAUUUCUCUUCCUUUUCUGUUUAUAAAUCCUGCUUGCAAUCCAUUUAUUUAUACAUUUCGGAUCCGUCAAUGCCGCCGAUCUUUGAAAGUUCUCUUUUUUAAGUGGCAAGAAACUGUCGAUGUUUCUCCGAGGCCUUCGCACGUCGUAACAGGUCCGCCCGCACGCAAUGCGAUCGUGCUACGGAAAAUAUCGAGAAUGUGUUCGACGACUGGUCAGUUCGUCGAGGAAUUUAAGGAGGAGAACCUUUCAGAUUAUUUUGACUUAGGGAUUGAUAACCUGGCUAACAUCGACGCCAACUAUUAUCACGAUGUAUUUGAGACAAAAGCCGAGGAAAAGCAGCAGGAGCUACAGAAUGGCAAAACAUUAAGGCAUAGCACUACAAAUGAUACGAGUAUGAAGACGAAUGAUAUUGGUCAAGCAAAAGAGGAUAACAACCUUGUAUAUGACACAAAGUUAUAG